AUGGUUUGCCAGAAAAGCAAUGGAGUUUCUCCUAAACUAGUUUCUCAAAUAGAAGACAAGGUCGAACAAUUGAGGGAAAUUUACAAGAAUCAACAAUUCAAGACUGUGAUCAUGUCCAAUCAGACGAAUGCCAUCUUUUAUCAUGAUCCGAAAAUAUUACUCUCCAAUAAUGCGAUUCCGAAUAAUUCACCACUCACCAUUUACAAUAGUUCGAGCAAUUCGAAUAAUAAUAACAAUACGAUAACCUCAUCAAAUUCAUCAGGAAUUAACAAUACAAUAACCAGCAAUAAUACUACGAGUACUACUACUCAACCCAUUACGAUUAUUACGACAGUGAGUCAUUCGAAUAAUAAUAAUACAGCAACUUCUUCGCCGCCUACUUCAAUUACACCUCCUUUGAAAAAUACUUUUAAGAAUCAAUCACCCAAAGAAAUAUCAGCAACUAAUUUGACAGCUCAACUUGGAAUGUCAGUUUCACAAAUUUCUCAAUCUCAAUCACCACAUUCUCCAACAACUCAUUCACCAGUUUUUGAAAGUCAAUCGAUUGGAUUUGUUGUUGGUUCUAUUGAAGAUCUUUCGCAACGUUUGAGACAAUAUUUGGAAAGUGUUGACAAUUUUGUAAAAUUAUUUGCCGAAGACGAAACUCAGCAAUUUAUUAGUCAAGGAAUUUAUCAUAUACGUGGAUGUAGUGGAUUAAUGAAUGGAUCUUCGAGCUCGUCACUCAAUUCCAAUGCCAACCAUAACAGUUCGACCUUAACUUGUAGUAUUUUUGUAAAAACUGAUAUCACUUGUGCAAUUUUCACAGAUGUUUAUGAACAAGGAGCUUUGAGUAUGUCAGAAGAUAUGGAUAAGGAAAUUCUGGACAUUGUAGAUCAAUUACAAUUGCUUUUGAAAGGAGCCAUUGAAAAGGAAAAGCAAAUGUUAAAAAAUAAAAAAUAG